CCUGGGACGGCCGCGGCGGCCAGCGCGGCUCCGCCCGGCUCUCCCGGCCGCUGUGCGCGGUGGAGGCCAUGGACGUCAACCAGUCGAAGCAGGAGCACUUGCUGGCUCUGAAAGGUCCUGUUUUCCAGUGAUCUUUGCAUCAAGGAAAAGGAAAGGGCAAGGAGUUUCUUGUAAAUAAGAUGUUUCAGUCUAGAUUUGAGAAUCCUAAUCAAGAGACUGUUUUCCUAAGAAUCACUGGAUUCCUACGGUACAAGCAUGGAAGUGGUUUUGCAUUAUCGACCACAUCAGAGAGAUGUAAUAAAACUGCAGAAAUUUGCAGAAGCAGCAGUGAAGGAGUUUCCCAUUCGUGAGUUACCAAGAUUUGCACCCUGGUUUCCAAAUGAUUUAUACCAACUUCCCCUCAAACCAAAAAAGCAGGCACCUGUUAUUUCUCGUGAGGAAGCUGAAGAAUUGAAACAUCUUUCUACGCCUUCAGAAUAUGUUACAGGAUCUCCUGAUUAUGACUGCACAAAGAAUCUCUUUGAGUUUCAGUGUAGCAUGAAACAUGGUCCAACUUUAAUGCAAGCACAAGCUGUUCACAGACCAAUUAACUUGGAUUAUCAAGGACAACCACCACCUAAAGGAAAACAAAAGUUGAAAAGGUCUUGGAGUAUCUCUCUUCCUAGCACUAAACUUAAAGAAAAGGUUCUUCCUUUAUCUCAAGAACUGCAAAAUAAUUUGGAAAGAUUAAAACUGCAUGCAUUUUAUAGAGCAAAGUGGACAAUUGAACAAUCUAUUUGUAAUAAUCAGAAUUUGGAGGACAUCUGGAUAAAACUGAAUAGACUGAUCAAGGAGAAUGAAUUGCCAUCUUGCAAUGCUACUAUCCGAAGAUCUGUGGGACAAAUAUGGAUUUUCUGUGAUAUAUUAUACUGUGAAUAUGUUAGAAAUAUUCUUAGGGAAAAGCUAAACCUUACAGAUAAAAUGGAUUUGCUUGUACAUAAAUAUGGAAUUAUAUUUAGUUUAUAAUUUAAGAUACAGUUUAAUAAUAAAAUACUGUCUGGAGUACUAGAGUUUUUAAGCAGUUUAGAAUAUAGAGACUUUAGAACAACUGAUGAAUUAAUAAGCAAAAAACUACUUAUAUUACUUUGCUACAGUUUUCUAACUAUCGAUGUAUUUCUUUAAUUUUGUUUUGCCUGAAGACUUAUGGUUCAUUUAAGAUUAGUAAGUUUCUGUUUGGCUUAGUACUGCAUUUCCAGACUAUUUUGGCAAGCUGUGUCAGAUAAUAAAAUCUAUGCUUUCAGUCAAACAAAGUACAUCCUUUCUGCUUCUUUGAAAUUAGGAGAAGGAAAAAUGUUUUUAAAUGAGUUGUAAUAAGUGCUAUUUUAUAUCUAAUUAUUUUUGACAUUAAGACUUUCAAGAUCUGAUUAUUUCCUCAAAGUAAAGUGUGUGAGUUUUUUUUAAUGAAGGCAUAUCCCUUGCAUGAAGUACAGACUUACUUUUUAUGUGGCAUGUAUGUGCUAUCUUAGUAAUGUUAGCUGUACUUUUCACUGAAAUACUAACGAUAGCUUCAGUAGAAAUUGUGUACUGAAAAAUAUGAACCAUUUAAUAAUUGCUGAUUUACAGCUUUGGUAAGAAGAUUACUUCUUCCAGAUGUUUCUGUUACUUUGCCUCUAAUUAUAUUAGGGACAAGAAAGCACUACUGAGCACUAGAAAGUGCUUCUAGCUACAAGUGAAGAAAUUAAGAAAUGAGACUUCUAUACAUAAACCUCUAUUUGUUGUCAUUAUGGAAGGUAAAGGUCUCUGAGGGUUUGAACAGUCAUAAGUCAUGAGUUCAUCAUGACUUUUUGUCAUCUGAAAGAAUAAAGUUUUCAAAGGUCAUGCUGUCCUUGCUCAAUCCUUAUGUUGAAUAAUUAUAUUAUAGACAUUACAGGAGCCCCUGGUGGUCUAGUGGUAAGGGCGCGGCGCUGUCACCGCUGAGACCCGGGUUCGAUUCCCGGUCAGGGCCACUCCCGGGCAGGUGGGGCUCGUUAGCCCUUAAAGGCAACCCACCUACGUCCUAAGGACCUCGCUGCCACCGUCCAAGCUCGCUUGGCCCCGGCAGAUGAACCUUAGGAUUAAAGGGUGGGCUCAGUUCCGCGCACACUGUGUCUCACCUAAAAAAUCCAAUGCGCAGGCUGGAAGGGGUAAAGACCUUCCCCGGAUCUUCGCUCGCGAAGACUGGCCAUUAUUAUUAAGACAUUACAUUUUUUUAAAUAUUAAAAUUAAGGAUAUUGCUCGGUUUGGGUCAUUGACAUGUAUUUUUGAACUCUGACUGAAUUUUAAAGGGGUCUUACACUGAUAUUUGAAGUGUUUGUGCCAUUUAAAUAUGACCACUUAGCAAAAUUAGUGCAAAAUGCUGUCUGGUGUAACUGAGGAUCAUUAUUAGUUUUUGUAGCUUCUACAGCCAAAUUAUUUCACUGAAAUUAUAUUUCUGACUUUAAUAGUAACAAAGUGUCUUUGCGCAUCAGCAUUUUUGAAGAUAAUAAUGAAGUAGAAUGCAAUGUGAUUUGAAUUUUAUUUGGUGUUGUAUUUUGUGUCUAGGAUCUUAGAAGAAAAGUGCUGAGACGUUGUCCUGCAAAGCUACUGUAUUUUCUAAUAUUAAUUUGGUAGUCUUAUUAAAUAUAAUAAUAUAUCUAUAGUAGUUUUUCUCUGUUUUGACUUCAUUCUGUGAUGUAUUAUUUAUUGCCUGAAAUGUCACUGAACUUUCCUUAGAAACAGUCAGCAGCUACUAGUUUAUACAGACUUAGUGUAAAUUUGAAUAAAAUUAAGUAAUGCAAAUAAUACAGUCCCACUAUAUUUAAUUGAUAUACUGACAAAA